AUGCGGGAUACCGAAAGUCGAAAUGCACCUCUGUCUGCUGCGUCCACGACGAGAAGCCUCGAAGUCCACGUCGGAUGGAACUGCUUUGGCACAAUCGGUACGUCUUCUGGAGAGUUCCUGAUGCAAUCGUCAUCAACUUUUUCCUUGGACAGCAUCAGUUUUCUAGGCGACGACGACGACAUUGAGCCUCUCACGCCCGAGGAGAUCAGUCGCGAUCUUCAGCUCUACCAAUCCCUACAGAAUGACAAGAAGGUCGUUUCCAUUGACAUGACCAGAGUCCAUUGCUUCACCAACAAACGAUCUGUCAUGGUGGGGUUGCAGAUAGUCUAUGCAGUUGGCUACUGCAAUGGCAAGCUUGUGGAAGUUGCCAGUGACUGCCACAAUCCCCAAAAUAUGGGUAUCCAACGCUCAACUCUCGAACUAGAAGUGGGGGAGUACGUGGUGAAUGCCCGUGUUCGAUACGGCAUCCUUCGCAGUGCUGCCGCUGGAAUACAAGACAGAGUCGUCAAGGGCAUUACAUUGGCUACACAACGAGGGCGUGUGGCGAAUCUGGGAGGGCAGCCAAAGAAGGAUAUUCCAGUGAUGACACAGCAGGCCUACUUGGGGAAGAAAGUGAUUGUGCUAGUUACGCGCAAGUCUAGUGAUGAUCCGAAAAGCUUGGCUUCGGAUGUAGCGUUUUACACAGAACCGAUUGCGGAUACAGAGAACUCUGCCAUCGCACCGUUAAAAAGGCGGACCUUCACCUUGCAUGAUCGGAGCGGCCGGCACAGAUUGUCACAGGACACUCCACUCACAGAUGCUCAGGAUCGCUUGCAGCACUGCUGUCCAGCGGUCCCAUCCAAGGAUUGUGCGUUUGGAGAUCUAGACUUUUAUCAGCGUCUGCUCCUCCAACGGCAACAGGGACACCAUCCAGUCAAGGUGGAACUGAAGCGUAUCAAAUGCUUCUACAGGCACAACCAUUCUAUAGUGGGGGUGUUUGGAGUGUACCGGUCCGCCUUUGCGAAUGACAAAGCCGUCGAGAGCCAAUCUAUCGACUACGAACAACACGCCAACCUUUGGAAACAUCACCACGACGUCCAACUGGCUUCGAUGAUGCUCUGGCCUGACGAAUUCGCUGUCGACCUGCAAGUCCGCCAGGAAAGGGGUGUUUUGACCAUCGUUACAAGUCAACGAACAGUCUCCUUGGGCUCCUCGGAAACCACAAAAAGAAUGGAACGCCCAUGCUAUGAGGACAAGAAGCUCGGUGAUUUUCAUCACCGAGUUGUUGCACUCGCUGGGAUUCGGGUCACCAACUCUCCCGGAUUUCCUUCGUCGCAGAGUCCCGGGGUUGGGAGAUUGCUCGUCCCUUGGUCACGACUCGGGCAUUGCUGA